AUGUCUGCGCCAUCCCACAAACAGAUGUCGGGCACACCUCCCGUGCCUGCCACGAAUGCCACCAGACUCGAGAAAGGUCAUCCUGGAGUCCGUCGCUCCACACCUGAUUCCGAAGCGCUGGCUUCUUCCGAUGAUGACGGCGAGCACAACCCUUUGACUCAAACCAUCACUGCGCCGGCAACGAAGCCUGUACGUCGGACAUCUUGGCUGAAUGAGGUGCCUAUUUCCAUUCAAAGGAAACACUCACUCCCCGGUGGACCUCUCGCAUCUGCUCCUUCAAACCCCGCCAGUCCGUCCGGUGAUCAGCCGCCGUGGGCAGCAGCUACCAGCCCUGGCCUCAGCACUUCCUUCAAUUGGAAUCAAUCUGGAGGCAGCCAGUACCCGUGGGGAACUGGUAUCUGGAACACAGAAUCUCGCAAGGAACCCCCGCCUCGUCUGUCGGAGAUCGUGCCCUCCCCAACUAUGACCAACCCUCCAGCUGGAAGCGCCUCACUCGGUGACGAGAUGCUGAGUCCCAUCACCCGCACCAUCUCAGGAGAAUCGGCCAUUCCUUUUUCAAUUCCCCUCCAUCCUACCCCAAAGACAUACCGUUCGCAAUCUUACUCGGUCGGGCAAAUGGAUCCAGAGUUGGCGGGACUUGCAGCAAACAAACCUAGCACCGGUGGUGCGUAUCCAAAUCCUAGUGGUCGCUCUCGCGGCCCUGGUCAAAUGUCUUCUGGCCAACCUCGGGCCUCACGACCAAGCGUACUCGGCGAGUUGGGCCACGAUUCUGCAAUGCUCGGACGGGUCCGCGAGGACGACGACGGAGAAUCAAGCCUGGGUUCUGACGGCGAUAUCGCGUAUUCAGCCAGCCAAGCCAGAACGAUUGAGCAACUCGCCCGCGAGAAUGCGCUCUUGCGCCAGGCUGCAGCUGCGGGUCAAAGGGACAAUCGCUACCGUGAACGCGCAUCCUCCUCUGCAUCAACUGCUAGUGGGCUACACGCAGCACAUCGUAUCCACGGCGGUGUUCCUGAGGAAGAUAUAGCCCCCGAGGAUCCCGGAGAACUGCGCGAUAUCCAUGGAUACGGUGUCAUGCGCGGCAACACCGGACGACGCUACUCGGAGCAUUCAGCAAAUCUAGAGCAACAGUUUUCGUCGUUCGCUUCCUCGCCUUUGGAGAAUCGCGCCCUUGAGAACGUUCGCAAGGGCCACUGGCAGACUUCUCUGGGCUUUGGAAGUAUGGUCGAUAUUCCGCAGAGUCGCCGCCACUCGUUCGCUGAUAUUCCAAUUCGCCAUGCCUCUGUCAGCUCGGUUGACUCCCAUGCGACCGCCACUCCUCGGGCUGGCUUGGGAGAACGAGAUGAUGGAUACGGAAAUACGAACGACUACCCUAACCCGUCCAUGCAGCCUCGUGAGUAUUCGGCUCUCCAUCAAUAUCCCACUGAGGCGACUCUAAAUCCAACUCACUUGCCAGAACCAUACUACUCCCGGGAACAAGCUCUACGUGGGGACGGUACCUCUGGCCUUCCAGCUGCUCUCAACCAAUACGCCAUGUCUGGAGCCUAUGGCCGGCAACCACCUGCGCUGUCUCAUGCCCAUCAGAACCAGCUCCUCUACAUUGUCACCUUCAAGUGCCAUCGUGCCGAUGUCUUCUACAUUCAAGAGGAUACCGGUCUCCAGGUGAAAUCAGGCGAUCUCGUCAUCGUUGAGGCUGAUCGAGGUACCGACUUGGGUACUGUCCAACAUGCCAAUGUGUCCCUUCAGAAAGCGCGAGAGCUCAAGCAGCAGUACGCCGAAGAGCACUAUAAAUGGCUCAUGAUGUUCUCCCGACAGGGUCAAGUAGAGGGCUCCAAUUGCGACGGGCGGAAUGGGCCCUCAUGCCCCAGCGUCCAAGAGCCGGCUACAGAUAUCAAGCCGAAACUUAUCAAGCGUCUUGCGCAAAAUCACGAGAUUCUUACACUGCGCGACAAAGAAGGCAACGAAGCCAAGGCCAAGCGGGUUUGCCAACAAAAGGUCGUCGAGCAUCGACUAAAUAUGGAAAUUCUCGAUGCCGAGUUCCAGAUGGACUGGAAGAAGCUUACUUUCUACUACUUCGCCGACUCCUACAUCAACUUCAACUCGCUGGUCACCGAUUUGUUCAAGAUCUACAAGACGCGAAUCUGGAUGUCCGCGAUCAACCCGGCCUCUUUUGUGACACCCCCGUCUGCUGGUCUCCCGGGGACUGGUGGUAUGAGCAACCCACUGUACAGCCAAGAUCAACAGCACCCAGAUCGUCGCCACCAACACGAGGGGAGGGCCUAUGGUGGGCGAGACCCGAUCGACACCGGUCGUGAAAGCAUGCCCAAUCCAGUAGGCGCUCUUCGGACAGCAUUCACCGACUCUUACCAGCCCUUUGCUCAGCCCACUCGUCAACUUGAGACCGCACAAGGCGAUCCGUUCGCACCCUACUCCCCCACCAGUUUCGGUCCCAUGGACCCAAGCUUCACCGACUACCCCGCUGGUGGUGCUGGCAACGCUGCGGCUCGCAUACACCCAGCACAAACUGAGUGGACCAGUCGAUUUCAGGGCCUGUCACUCAAUUCGUGA